UUCAUGUCAGAUCUAAGUUUACUUCAUGCCUGACUCACUUCCAGAUUUUGAAUUAUGCUCCAUGUUUUUAGACAAAUUAUUCAAUUCAUUAAUAUUUUACAGAUAUGCGUCUUUAUAUUUGACUUGAUUCUUAGUUAAUUGGAAUCUAAUAUAGUUUAUUUCAGUCGUGAUUUCCAUUCAUUUCCCAGCAUAAUUAGGGUUCAUGCCUGGGCCAGACUAGGUGUUCAUUUGAGUUAAAUGUACCCAAAAUCAUGAUUGCAAUUGGACUCAUUUUAAUUUGAUCAAAUCAGAUCGGACUUCAGUUAGAAAAAUUAUUGUGUGCGGUGUAUCCACACCCACACUGGUGCAUGCCACCGUUCGUUGGAGCACGGGAUGAAUGGGUGAAUAGAUCGGUUUGGUUUUGAUCUCUAGCUGAAUCCAUCCACCGAUGUUUGGUCGAUGACUCGCCUGGACCUCAUCUCCACCACCUCCAAGCUCGUCUGCCUUGCUCGCUCUGGCCGGAUCGCUUCCGCGCGCAAACUGUUCGACGAAAUGCCCGAGAAGGACACCGUCUCCUGGAACGCUAUGCUCACUGCCUACUCCGGCUCGGGCCAACCCCACCGGGCCCUCUCCCUCUUCUCCCUCAUGAGAACAUGCGGCGCUCGGCCCGACUCCUUCUCCUUCACCGCGGGCCUCGCCGCCUCCGCCGACCUGCACGACCUCAGCAGCGGAAGGAAGCUCCACGCCCUCCUCCUUCGACUCGGGCUUCGCUCUUCGCUGCCGGUCUCCAAUUCUCUCCUCGACAUGUACGGCAAGUGCUUCUGCCCUUUGGAUGCCCUACGGGUGUUCGAGGAAAUGGAAGAACGCAAUGAGGUCUCAUGGUGCUCCCUGCUCUAUGGCUAUGUGAAUUCGGCACAGUUGGAUGACGCGCAUCAGUUGUUUGAUGCAAUGCCCGUUAGAAUGACAAUUUCAUGGAAUAUUCUGAUUAUGGGCUAUGCUUGGCUGGGCGAGAUCGAACUCUCGAUAUGUUUGUUCAAGAAGAUGCAAUUGUUGGGUGUGGAAGGGGAUGUCACCACGUUUGGCAGCCUCAUGAAUGCUUGCUCUGAUCUUUCAGACCCUCGCUUUGGUCGUAUGUUCCACUCAUUCAUUUAUAAAAGGGGAUGGGAUGCUGCCAUUGAGGUUAACAAUUCAGUGCUCAGUUUUUAUGCCAAAUUUGGCUUCCAUAACGAUGCAUUGAAGGCUUUUGGGUCUAUGGAGACUAGAACACUUGUGUCAUGGAAUGCUAUGAUUGAUGCUAACAUGAAGUUUGGUGAUGUACAUGGAGCUCUUCUUUUGUUUCUCAAGGCACCAGAGACCAACGUUGUUUCAUGGACAGCAAUGAUAUCUGGGUUUGUGAGGAACGGGUAUGGGGAAGAGGCCCUUUCUCUCUUCAUUGACAUGAAGAGGAAUUCCCUUACACCUGAUGAUUUUACGUUCGGCGCCAUCCUCUAUGCAUGUGCAAUGUUGGCAGUUCUACAAAAUGGAAGAAUGACACAUAGCUGCGUGAUUCGUUGCGGUUUCAGUUCUUAUCUCUAUGUGGCGAAUGGCUUAGUGAACAUGUAUACCAAAUGUGGGGAUAUUGAAGCUGCAAUUCAAGUGUUUGAUGGCAUUUUAAGGAAGGAUUUGGUAUCAUGGAACGCAAUGCUUUUUGGAUUUGCAUUGCAUGGAUUGGCUACGAAAGCUUUCGAGGGGUAUGAAGACAUGCUGGCUUGUGGCAUUUUGCCUGAUAAGGUUACCUUCAUAGGUUUAUUGAUGUCAUGUAGCCACGCCGGUCUUCUCGAGCAAGGUAGAGACUUCCUUCGGAUGAUGGAGUCGGUCCAUGGGAUCGAAUUAGAUGCAGACCAUAUCGCUUGCAUAAUCAACAUGCUUGGGAGAGCUGGGCAUUUGAAAGAGGCAGGUGAGUUGCUUGGCAGUUGUUCAAGGGUUGUUAGUGACAGGAUUAUGGACACAUGUGAGGCCUUGCUUAGUGCAUGUGCUGUUCAUGGGGAUAUGAGGAUUGGGAAGAUGUUGGGAGAGCAGUUGGUGAGUGAGGAGCCUCAGAAAGAGGUAGGCUAUGUGAUGCUAUCAAACUUGUAUUGUGUCAGUGAGCAAUGGAGGGAAGCAGAGAAGGUUAGGAGGGUUAUGAUGGAGCAAGGGGUUAAGAAGGCACCUGGUUGCAGUUGGAUUGAGGUGAGGGACAUGGUCAUGGUAUUUGUAUCUGGGAGUCAAUCUGUUAAUCACAUGAUAGAUGUGCAUAAUAUGAUAGGAUUAGUAAAUUAUGAAAUGAGAAAUCCUAGUUUCAUUUGUUUUAACAGUGAAUAAUGAUGCUUUUCAAUAUCAUCAAAAUUAAAAUGUUUUUUGGUGAAUUUUGGUUAUUGGCGAUUUAACCAUGCAAACCAUGGUCAUGAUUGGAUAGGAAUUACAAGAAUUAAGGACCAGAGACCCAUCCACAAAAUUCAUUACAGAGCAGAUCUUUGCAUGCUUUCUUAGGUUGUAAAUCAACUUUAAAAACUCACUUAAAAAAUCAACUAUUAUAUUUUGGAAACUAAGAGGGUGCUCGUCAUGUUCCGCAUGAAACCAUUUGUCCCAAGUGCAAUUGGACUUGGAUUGGGGUAUUUCUUAGCCUUUAACCUACUAGAGACCUCAA